GUACAACUAUUUUGAUCCAGAUGCUGCGGAUAGCUUAUUAUUAGCUUCCUUUGAGCAACUUCCUGAAGCAAGAUUGCAACUGGUAGAGCUAUAAUAUGUUGACACUCUAUGCACCUCUAUGGUCGUGCCCUAUACACCCCUCUAAAGAGUGUGCCGUACUAAUGUCUUCUGCCUCUCAACUCUCAAGAUGAAACCUUACUCCGAAGAUUCCAUUGUUUUUGUCAUGAGAUAUGUCUGGAUUGCUCACUCUGAUCUCAAUGUUCGUUCCAUCGCCUUUUGGUGUUGAGGAAUUUGAAUUCAGAUCAUGACAGACAACCUGGGGCACUCGUAUGCUGAACUAGUUUGUUGCCUGCUUUUGAUUUUCUGAACUUGAGUUAUUGGAUCGUUUUCGUUUUUCUCUCUUUUCUUGGUCUCCUUUUAUCUUGGACGUGAUGUUUUUUUUCUGGCGUUGACGAUCAUGGUCCAUGGAACACAGCUACGCAGAUGCUGGCCAUGUAGAUUCUGUUGCAGUAACGUAGAGAAGAUGGCACUCAACACUGGGACCUAGAAGGCGAGAACAAAAGAACAGGCACCCAGAUUUCAUCAUCAGCUGUUCUGUUCAUCUCCUGACCAUCGAUCUCUCUCGCCAUCUCCGGCGUUGCCCGGCUUGACAAGCAUGGAAUCGUUUCAUGUGGAGCGGCGAGCGAGGAGCAGUUGACUUGCCGAGACUUGAUCCGCGAAAAGCCAUGCUUGGUUCCAACGACACUCGUUUUGGUCAGAGCCACAGAGACCGCGCACGCACCCGUCGUCCUCCCGGCUACAAGAAGGCCUGUCUGCCAUCGCCUCCUUCCUCCGUAUCACCCAGCAACCAGAUUGAUCGAGAUGGCGUCCGUUCGGCUGUUCCCGGCGGCCGCGGCGCUGCUCGCCUUCCUCGUCGUGGCGGUGGGCGCCCAGCCGAUGGACCCUGGCCAGCCGGACGACCCCCUCCUGUCGGACCCGAACGUGAUCCCCCUCUACAUGAGCCCCGGCUCGCCGCCCACCUACGUGAGCUGCUACAACAACACCCAUGGCCAGCAAGGGUCGGAGCCCAUGUGCGGCGUCCUCGUGCGCCAGUGCCCCCGCGGCUGCCGCGACACCUGCUACGUUCACUGCCCCUCCUGCAAGCUCGUCUGCCUGUGCGAGCUGCCCGGCACGGAGUGCUACGACCCGCGCUUCGUCGGCGGCGACGGCAACAAGUUCCUGUUCCACGGCCGCCGGGACGCCGACUUCUGCCUGCUCUCCGACGCCAAACUGCACAUCAACGCGCACUUCAUCGGCAAGCGCGGCGCCCACCAGGGCGCGCGGGACUUCACGUGGGUGCAGGCGCUGGGCAUCCGCUUCGGCGGCCACCGCCUGUACCUCGGCGUCCGGCGGACGGCAGCCUGGGACGCCGCCGUGGACCGCCUCGCAGUCACCUUCGACGGCGCGCCCGUGCCGCUGGGCGCCAGCUGGAGCCCCGCCGCGGCGCCGGCGCUGUCCAUCUUCCGCACGGGCGCCGCCAACGGCGUGGUGGUGCGCCUGGACGGGCGGUUCCGGAUCGUGGCCGACGCGGUGCCCGUCACCGAGGAGGACUCGAGGGUGCACGGCUACGGCCUGGCCCCCGAGGACGGCAGCCUCGCGCACCUCAACGUGGCGUUCAAGUUUUACGCCAUCGGCGCCGACGUGCACGGCGUGCUGGGCCAGACCUACCGCCCGGGCUACGUGAGCGCCGCCGGGGUGGACGUCGGCGCCAGGGUCCCCGUCAUGGGCGGCGCCCGCAGGUACCAGGUGUCCGACAUCUUCGCCACGGACUGCGAGGUGGGGCGCUUCGCCGGCGACGACGGCGGGCUCGCCGGCGGGCCCAUGGACAUCAUCGAGGAGCCGGCCGCCGCGCUCUGCGGCAGCGGGAAGGGCGGCGCCGGCCUGGUCUGCAAGAAGUGAUCCUGGCAGCGAGCUACUAGUUCCCAGUGACAAGAGGGCGCCUGCUUGCAUAGUGUUUUUUUUUUCUUGCGUGCGUGCUGACAUGGCUGCUGCAGGCUGCAGCUACCAAGAGGUAGUAGUUGUACGUGCGGCGACCGAAUAAAAGAGAGGGCGUGGUGUGACGUGUCUUGUGUUGGUCAGUCGUGACCGUGGGCAACGCUGGAGAAGUGGCAUGUUGCUCAGGUGUCGGAAGUGUUGUAGUGUUGCCAGGAUAGGAUCCGCAUGGUGAAAUUUCCUGCAGGUCGUGAAUCCUGGCUACUUUUGUUCUUUAAUUCAAAUAAACUCAUCCAAACAAUUUUUUU